UACGCUUGCAUUGUCUAAAUCAUUUGACGGUUGCGCACUUGUAAUACGUACAGAAAAGCAUGCUUUCUCUCAGUCUACUCGUAAUCUGCUUUUUUUCAGAAAGUUUUGCUUACCAAACGAAGAACACGAAUGGUGACCAGAAGCAUAUUAUUCCUGCGCAAAAACCUGAUUUGAAAGUACUGCUGGAGGCUCUGAAUACUACCGAAAAUUUUUGGCUGAAAAAGCUGAACUACCCAAAAGAAUACGUUACAUGUCUUUGCUUUAAACAAAUUCGGCUCACUAAUGAUUCGUACGAAUUUGAUGAAUGGUACCUGAAGAAGGAGCAAAGGAAGAAGAUACCCUGCAGUGCAACGUUUUCCGAGGGCCCUGAUGGACCUGUGAUGAAUGUUAAACUCAAUGGCGCGAAAGGUGAGAGAAGGAUUCCAUACGUAUUGAGGUUCUGGGACAAAAAAGAGACGUGUGGGAUCUUCACGUUACCAUCUGGUUGCGAGCAGUACGUCUGGGAUUCACAUGCUAAGAAAACUGUUAGAGCCUGUGACAAAGCGUAUAAGCGUUUUUGUGGCAAGAAGCGGUACUUAAUGUACAAGAGGACUUGCAAACUGUGAAAGCUUGCUCUGCUAUUUCACUGAGAACCUGGUCUAUGGAUC